GAUUUGACUAUGGCAGUGCAGUUCCUGCGGAAGGCAUCUGUGUGGCUAAAGAAGCACAAGAUCCCUUUCUUGGCCGUUUCUUGCAUGGGACUGUUUGGUGCUAACCUUUCCCAUCAUGUGUUUCCUGAGCAGACAUUCAAACUGUUGCAUGAGUGUUGGUCAGAGGGGCAGCCAGCUGAGCUUUCACAGAGGCUCUGUGGUGUCUUUCAGGAUGUCCUUCGAGAUACUGAUGUGAAGUCCCCUGGCUCCUAUCGAGCCUUUGCAGCUUCUGGCUUCCAGCCUGUGAGUGCUGGAAUACCCUGGCUGCCUGCAGGCUCUUUGGUGGGCAUCCCACUUAACUUUGAUAGCACAGCUGAGGAUAAAAAAGGAAUAGUCAACCAUGUUGUUGUGAUCAAUGGCAAGGAAGUAGACUGGGAGAGCAAUGAAGGUAUUGCUUUGAAGGAAGCUCUGACGUUUUCACUUGAAGCUCAGAAGUUUGCCAUUGCCAGAGAAGUUGUGUAUUUGCAGAACGGCAGCCCUUUGGCAAGUGCAGUUGUUGCUCCAACCUGUUUAGCUGGUACAUUUUUCUGUGGGACAGGUAUAAAGCGAUUUCUGGGUUUAUCUCCUGGCCCCAUGAUACUUCGCAGCAUCUGUAACCUCAUAACUGCCGCUGGUGGACUAAUGUGCUAUUACGUUUCUUACGACGCUGUGACCUAUCAUCUAGACUGCAAGGCUGACAGAAAGGCAGCUACUGUUUCCAAAGACUAUGCCAGAGGUGGGGUUGAAUUUUAUGAUAAAAUCUUGUCCCGCAACAGGAUUCUUCGUGGUCUGAUGGGCAAGCAGGGGGCAAAAAUGUAUGCCCCAAGUGGUAACCUUUUCCCAAGGCACUGGUUCAGAAUAAAGUAUACACCGUACACUUACCGAAGAGAUUUGAUUGUUAAUAUUUUAAGAGAGCUCCAGGCAUAGGAGGGGAGUGCUUGAAUUUUAAACUUGUGAAUUAUAUAUUCUCUUGGAACACUGCUGUGCUGCUUUUUAUUUUUUUCUCUGUAUCUUCAUUCGAAUUUUGGGGUUAAUUUUUGCAUAUAGUUCGAAAGGAGUUAUUGCAUGUUCUGUGAAUAAAGAAUUGUCUCUUAAAAUAUUAAA